AUGGAACCCGCGGGUACCGGGCUGAGCCCGCGGGCGCCGCCGCCCCGGCUGCUGCCGGUGCUGGUGCUACUGCUGCUGGUGCAGGUGGCGGGGCCGGCGGCGGCCCUGGCGGAGACCCUGCUGGAUGCACCCAAGGCCAGGGGCACCAGCUCCAACCAGCCCAGCCCAGCGAGCGUGGUGGCUCCGGGAACCACGCCGUUCGAGGAAAGCCGGCUGCCUGUGUUCACUCUGGAUUACCCCCACGUGCAAAUCCCCUUCGAGAUCACUUUGUGGAUUCUGCUGGCCUCGCUGGCCAAGAUUGGAUUCCAUCUCUAUCACAAGUUGCCAACAAUCGUGCCUGAGAGCUGCCUUCUCAUCAUGGUUGGACUUUUACUAGGUGGUAUUAUUUUUGGUGUUGAUGAAAAAUCUCCCCCUGCAAUGAAGACUGAUGUGUUUUUCUUAUAUCUCCUGCCACCCAUCGUGCUUGAUGCUGGUUAUUUCAUGCCUACUCGACCCUUCUUUGAGAACCUUGGCACCAUUUUCUGGUAUGCUGUUGUAGGGACACUCUGGAAUUCCAUUGGCAUUGGGGUAUCUUUGUUUGGCAUCUGUCAGAUUGAAGCUUUUGGCCUCAGUGACAUCACUCUGCUCCAGAACCUGCUCUUUGGCAGUUUGAUCUCUGCUGUGGACCCCGUGGCUGUGCUUGCUGUCUUUGAGAACAUUCAUGUCAAUGAGCAGCUCUACAUCCUGGUCUUUGGCGAGUCCCUGCUGAAUGAUGCAGUCACAGUGGUCCUCUACAACUUGUUCAAGUCUUUUUGCCAGAUGAAAACCAUUGAGACCAUCGAUGUGUUUGCAGGCAUUGCUAACUUCUUUGUCGUGGGAAUUGGUGGGGUGCUGAUUGGAGUCUUCCUGGGGUUCAUAGCGGCAUUUACCACACGUUUCACACAUAACAUCCGAGUGAUUGAGCCGCUCUUUGUCUUCCUGUACAGCUAUUUAUCCUACAUCACAGCCGAAAUGUUUCACCUCUCAGGCAUCAUGGCAAUCACUGCUUGUGCAAUGACUAUGAAUAAGUAUGUGGAAGAAAAUGUGUCUCAGAAGUCCUACACUACUAUCAAGUAUUUCAUGAAGAUGCUGAGUAGUGUCAGUGAGACCUUGAUCUUCAUCUUCAUGGGUGUGUCCACUGUUGGGAAAAACCACGAGUGGAACUGGGCCUUCGUCUGCUUUACCCUGGUCUUCUGUCUGAUCUGGCGAGCACUGGGAGUCUUUGUCCUGACUCAGGUGAUUAACUGGUUCAGAACCAUUCCCCUGACCUUCAAGGACCAGUUCAUCAUUGCCUAUGGAGGGCUUCGUGGUGCCAUCUGUUUUGCACUGGUGUUUCUCCUUCCUGCCACUGUGUUUCCUCGCAAGAAAUUAUUCAUCACAGCUGCCAUUGUUGUCAUAUUCUUCACAGUUUUCAUCCUGGGAAUCACCAUCCGGCCACUGGUGGAGUUUCUUGACGUUAAAAGAUCCAAUAAGAAGCAGCAAGCAGUCAGUGAGGAAAUCCACUGUCGGUUUUUUGACCAUGUGAAGACUGGGAUUGAAGAUGUUUGUGGACAUUGGGGUCACAACUUCUGGAGAGACAAAUUUAAGAAAUUUGAUGACAAAUACCUUCGGAAGCUUUUAAUACGUGAAAAUCAACCCAAGUCUAGCAUUGUGUCCUUAUAUAAAAAGCUUGAAAUAAAGCAUGCCAUUGAGAUGGCAGAGACUGGGAUGAUAAGUACUGUUCCUUCUUUUGCGUCUCUAAAUGAUUGCCGUGAAGAAAAAAUAAGAAAACUCACACCUGGUGAAAUGGAUGAAAUUCGAGAAAUACUCUCAAGGAAUCUAUAUCAUAUCCGUCAGCGGACUUUGUCAUACAACAGACACAACCUCACGGCUGACACCAAUGAAAGGCAAGCCAAGGAGAUUCUGAUCCGCAGACGCCACAGCUUGCGGGAAAGCAUCCGGAAGGACAACAGCCUGAAUCGGGAGCGCAGGGCUUCCACCUCAACUUCUCGAUAUUUGUCCUUACCGAAAAAUACAAAGCUUCCAGAAAAGCUGCAAAAGAAAAAGAAUAUUUCUAAUGCAGAUGGCAAUAGCAGCGACUCUGAUGCAGAUGCUGGGACCACAGUGCUCAAUUUGCAACCCAGAGCCAGGCGCUUUUUGCCAGAGCAGUUUUCCAAGAAACCUUCCCAGGCCUAUAAAAUGGAAUGGAAGAACGAGGUGGAUGUUGAUUCUGGCCGAGGCCAGUCUAGCACCCCCACAACACCCCACAGCAAAGAAGGAGGCACCCAGACACCUGGGGUACUGAGGCAGCCCCUUCUCUCCAAAGACAGGUUUGGCAGGGGAAGGGAAGAUAGUUUGACUGAGGAUGUCCCACCCAAGCCUCCACCAAGGCUGGUUCGGAGGGCAUCAGAGCCUGGAAGUCGGAAAGCCCGGUUUGGGAGUGAAAAGCCUUAAUGAAAUGGCCAAAGCAGACUGUGGGGCACUGAGCCAGCAUAGCUGUGGUUUGUCACCCUAAAAUCCCAUCAACCAUAGAAUCCAAUAGAACCUUCUAUCUAUGAACUUUACUUGGGCAGUAGAUCAAGCCAUUGAUUCAUGCAAUGAACGCUUGUCUCAAGAAGAGAAAAAAGAAAGAAAGAAAGUCCCACAGAAUGGCUUUUGUGACUUGUUGCAAGUAACUAUAUACUUUGAAGACCUGAAGGGGAAAAAAGUGUGCCUUUAUUGAACUUGAAUGACAGAACUUGAAAUUUUUAACACACCUUUGUUGGUAAA